AUGCCAGGUACCAUGAGGCAGCUGGGGAAGAGGCGCGCAAGCCUCUCUGCCAAUCUGAAAAUCGGGGACCACCAUGGGUGUUGUCGGACUCCAGAGGAAGAAGAGGUCUUCUUCCCGUUUGCACAAGACAGUGUGGUGAAGCAGUGGAGCUCCAUGCACAAUGUGACUGAGAGGAACCAGGAGAAAAGCAAGGCUCCUCCCCGACGGAGCAGAUACUUCCUCAACAUCAACGUUGGGGGCAAAUCUUUCCAGAUCGCUUACAAAAUGGCUGCCCGUUACCCCAUCACCAGAAUCGGGAAGCUGGCCAUCUCCACGGACCCCAUGAAGAAGCUGAAACUUUGUGAUGACUACUCGGUGCAGAGGAAUGAGUACUUCUUCGACCGAGACCCUUUAAUCUUCCAUUACAUCUUCCACUUUUACCGCAGCGGGGUCCUGUGGAUCAUGGAUGAGCUGUGCCCCACAAACUUUGUGGAGGAAAUUGAGUACUGGGGUAUCCACCUGAAAUAUUCCCAGCGGUGCUGCCGGAUCCUGUUUGAGGAAAAGCAAGACGAGCUCAAAGAGUACCUGAAAAUACAGCGGGAGCUGGAGGCGGAGCUAGAGCCCAUGGAGAGGGAGGAGAACUUUGAGGGCAAGUGUCUGGGCGGGUUCCGGAAAGCUGUCUGGAACCUCAUUGAGAAACCCUACUCCUCCAUCCCUGCUAAGAUCAUCGCUGUCAUGUCCAGCUUCUUUGUGCUGAUCUCCAUUGUGGGCAUGACGCUCAGCACAGUGGAGGAGAUGCAGCACAAAACUGGGAAGGCAUUCAUGGAGCAGCUGGAGACCAUCUGUGCCAUCUUUUUCACCUCCGAGUACCUCAUGCGGCUCAUAUCCACGGCCACCUUUUCGAAGUUUCUGCGGGCAGCGUUCAGUGCCAUUGACCUGGUGGCCAUCCUGCCCUUCUACAUCCAGAUUCUCUUUGAGCACCUGGAUGAUGGGGAUGCACUUUAUCAUGAGGAGCGGCACAAAAUGGAGAGUGUGGGCAAGCUGGGGAAAGUCCUGAAACUCAUCAAACUCAUGCGGAUUUUUCGCAUCCUCAAGCUGGCACGUCACUCCACUGGCCUGAGGGCCUUCGGCUUCACCAUGCGCCAGUGCUACCAGCAGGUGUGCUGCCUCCUCCUCUUCAUCGCCCUGGGUGUUUUCACUUUCUCAGCUUUGAUGCACUCCGUGGAACAUGAUGUCCCCGGCACCAACUUCACCAGCAUCCCUGAUGCCUGGUGGUGGGCAGCGGUCAGUCUGUCCACAGUGGGCUAUGGAGACACAGUGCCUGACACGGUGCUGGGCCGGAUGGUGGCAUUCGGGUGCAUCUCCUUCGGCAUCAUUCUCAAUGGGAUGCCCAUCUCCAUCCUCUACAACAAGUUCUCUGAUUACUACGCCAAGCUGAAAGCCCAUGAGAAUGAGACCAGCCUCACACUCAAGUUCACCAAGAAGAUUCGCUUUAAGGAGCGAGCCCUGAGAAAGUUGGCUGAGUGCUGCAGUGGUGACGCCCAUAUCCACGGCUGA